AGUCGACAGUCUUCUCGUAACAUGGACGGACGCAUUGUAGCUUUCAUAUGCUUUUGCAUCGGGUUGGUAGCAGGUGAAUACUCCGAAAGGGGAGGUGGGGCUACGAGCUUCGCACAGGUUUUCAACAGGCUUUACGAACCGACCGAAGGAUCACAGUACAGAACGUUCGGGGGAGGUGCCAGCUUUGCAAAAGACAUCCCCGUCUCUUUCCCUAUCGCAGCUGAAAAAAAGUCCCCUUUCACCGUCAAGUCUCCAUUAACAGUACCAGUGCACGUACCGAGGGCGUUUUCCGUACCGGUGGCCCCUCAGGUACCGUUCGCCGGCGAUCGGUCUUUGUCAUAUCCGGUGUACCAGCCCGUGAUCCCGGUUAUCCAGAAUAUCGGCAAGUCACCCUUCCAGCACUACCAGCCAUUCCAGCACCAAGAUGGCUUCAAUCAACAGUUUCACCCACAUCUCCAAUGACACUGGCCCAGUCUCCGUUGAAGUAAUGCCACCGUUCACUCAAGGAAAGGCAGAGCUUGUUUGUGAUAACUUUAACUUUAAAUGAGUGUUUAAUUG